AUGGGUAAUCCGAGAGGCCGAAGCUUGGGUCAGAAAGGAGCUGAAGAUGUGCUUGCUCGGGGCUUGGACAUACCAACGAUCAGGGAUGGUCCACGCUGCGCUGCACGUGAGAACCGCUCGAGCCGGCACCCCGCUCGCAACUCGGCGGGCGAAGACUCCACGACGAGCGACGACUCCUCGGCGAGUGAUGACUGUCCCCUUCGACUCGACGCGUACGACAGCUCCAAUACGGCCGAGGUCCUGCGGUUCCUUGCUGCCCACAACGCCACUUACCCUGAUCUCGACCGCCGGAAUUUCGGCCAAAGACGCAACGGGUUGGUACUCGACGCUGCCCCGCAGACGGAGGAACCUCUGAGCACUGCGGCGGGGCUGCUUUCUAACAUUUCCAGUUUUUGGAAACGGGACAUCGUCAGCAACCCCGUUGCUGUCACGGAAUCACCCGCCGACGUCAUAACGGUUGCCGACGUCGUAACGGUUGCCGACGUCGUAACGGUUGCCGAGGCGAUGAGGAAGCAAGUCGUUCCACGGAUACAAAUCACACCGCCGACCGGGUCUGUGCCCGGGUCGGAUGCGUCCCUAGCCGGGUCCAGUAAACCCCUAUGUGGCAGUCCGGUAAAGAAAAUGAGUCGAGGGAGCUCUCUCCCCUCGAUGAGGCGUGCGCUGGACUCGGAAGACGGCGGCUAUUUUGACGCUCUACCACUCGUGCCAGAGACGGGCAAGGUGUCAUCGAAGACGGUAAUCGAUGCGAAAGGCGAGAGUGAGAGUGCGGUGGAGAGGCCGAUGAAGCGGACAAGUUCUUGGGAGUUUCUAAGUCGUGUGGUGGGGCGAUAUUGGGCCAAGUCGGGACCAGCGACAGGGCCGGCACCGGGGGGGCCAGCGUCGCGGCCUGCGGAAGUGGUUCAGGAGAUCCCGACACCACACGCAAAGUAUCCGGUGGCCGAGAACUUCGGUGCAGCGCCGAGCGCCGAAGGGCCAGCACCGGAGCCAUUGGACGUUAUCUUAGCGCUGCUAGAACGGGACGUCGCGCGUGCCCGCAAUCCUCGAGAGGCCGGUACCCUCGCCAACGAGCAGUGGAAGGUACGACUCAACGGCGAGGCACUCCGCGGCAAGUACUACUAUCCCCCUUCCAUUGCGCCUCACCGACGAAGCCGCGUCGUAGACACAUCAAAACUCUUCGUCGGCUGGACACCCGAGUACUCAUACAGGCACCAGUACCGACAACGACACACCAUCCGUAACUCAGUGUAA